UGAAUUUCCAAGACUCAACUGAGCCUAGUAUUUUUUUUUUCUUUUUAGGUUUGCUUAUUUAUUUUGAGAGAGAGAGAGGGCGAGAGCAGCAGAGGGCCAGAGAGAGAAUCCCAAGCAAGCUGUCAGCAAGGAGCCUGCACUGGGCUCAAACUCAUGAAUAGUGAGAUCAUGACCAGAGCUGAGAUCAAGAGUCCAACGCUUAAGGACUGAGCCACCCAGGCGCCCCUAGCCUAGUUUCUUGUUCCACUAUGCCAAGGCAGCACAGUGGUCUAGGGGCUGAUGGUUGGGUCUCCAUGGGCUAAAGGUCUAGUUUUUUUUACCAGUUUGCAAAAGGGCCAGGCUCUGUAGUGAGAGCUGUAAAGUAAGAAACUAUAGGCCUGCAAGUUCCUCGAUGGCACAUAUGAGAUGCCCAGAACAUUUCUGUCCAAUAAACAGUAUGCCCUUGAUAAACAGACUGAACUUUGCAGUGUCUCAAAGAAGUUUAAGUGCCGCCUUGACAAGAUCCCCAGGGGCUUCUGAGCACCUCCUGGCCAGUAGUGUAUUCUGGGAUGUCAAAAUUACCUCUUACACAAUUACCUCCAAUGUAUUCUAGAUGUGAUCGUCUUUUUGAAAGAGAUCCAAGUUCAUUAUCAGUCACCUCAGAGCACCUGCAUUCGGGCCUUUAAGUGCAGGUAGGAUCCAGAAUCCUGGAAGUGUCAUUAAGUCUAUGAUCGAGGUCCAAGCGUUUAGUAACCCUAGGCAAGGUAACCCAGAGGCCUUGGACCUAAGGGCGGCCAUCGAAGCCUGAAAGCCUAAUCAGUCCUCGAGGCCAGCGGCCAUGUCCACCUGAGACUCAGGGGUGCAGAGCAUCAGGCACUGAAGAAGACGCCUCGGCUCCGGCUACGCAUGCGCGGGCGUCCAUAGAGGGCCCCGGCAAUCCAGGCUGCGCAUGCGCAAGAGCGGCUCCCGGCUAGUCCCGACGGCGGCGGCGGCUACUGAGGGGCCGGGGCGUGGAGUAGCGGUGGCGGCGGCGGGCAGCAACGGAGCAGCCAUGAGGGCCGGGCCCAGUCACCGACAUGUGAGUGACUGCCUCAUGUUGUGUUGAUGCCAGUCUGCCAUGCUAGCCUGUCUACCAGGGCCAGGUGACCUGUCCUUUCAGCUUCUUCCUCACACGCAGAUGAACACUGGACUUCAGAAAUGGGACACUACACAGAAAAUGAGAGCUGCUCACUAUCCUACCCCAGCCGAAUUGGACGCGUAUGCUAAGAAGGUCGCAAACAACCCACUGACUAUAAAAAUCUUCCCCAACAGUGUGAAGGUUCCCCAGCGGAAACACGUUCGUCGUACUGUGAACGGCCUCGACACAUCAGCCCAGCGCUACAGCCCCUACCCGACUCAGGCAGCCACCAAGGCAGGCCUGCUUGCCAUUGUCAAAGUGCCAGCCAAAAGCAUACUCAAGGACUUUGACGGCACCCGAGCCCGAUUGCUCCCUGAGGCCAUCAUGAACCCCCCAGUGGCGCCCUAUGCUACUGUGGCACCCAGCACUUUAGCCCACCCCCAGGCCCAGGCUCUGGCCCGCCAGCAGGCCCUGCAGCAUGCACAGACCCUGGCCCAUGCCCCUCCCCAGACGCUGCAGCACCCUCAGGGUAUCCCGCCACCCCAGGCGCUGUCCCACCCUCAGAGCCUCCAGCAGCCUCAGGGCCUGGGCCACCCUCAGCCCAUGGCCCAAACCCAGGGCUUGGUCCACCCUCAGGCCCUGUCUCACCAGGGUCUCCAGCACCCCCCCAAUCCCUUGCUGCAUGGAGGCCGGAAGAUGCCAGACUCAGAUGCCCCCCCGAAUGUGACCGUGUCUACCUCAACUAUCCCCCUUUCAAUGGCGGCCACCCUGCAGCACAGCCAGCCCCCGGACCUGAGCAGCAUCGUGCACCAGAUCAACCAGUUUUGCCAGACGAGGGCAGGCAUCAGCACUACCUCAGUGUGUGAGGGCCAGAUCGCCAACCCCAGCCCCAUUAGUCGCAGUCUGCUCAUCAAUGCAAGCACCCGGGUGUCGACCCACAGCGUCCCCACGCCAAUGCCUUCAUGUGUGGUCAAUCCCAUGGAGCACACCCACGCGGCCACAGCCGCGUUGCCUGCCGCAGGCCCUGUCAACCUGCCCACGGGCAUUUCUCGAGCCCCUGCUGGCUACCCUAGCGACCUCAAGCCAGUCGCCUGGAACCAGCACCAGCUGGCCCACCUACAGCAGAUGUGCAGUGAGGCCGGUGGGACGCCGGCCCCUGGCCUGACAGGCAAGCACGCAGCAGGACGCGAGUUGGCAGGGCCUGGCUUUGUGGGCAAGGCCCCUGCCUACCCGCAGGAACUCUGCCUGGCACAGUCCUUCCAUCUGAAGCCACCCCUGGAGAAGCCAACCCCAUCCCCACCUGUCAACGGCCUGGCGGCCCCACUGGCCUACCCCAAUGGUCACUACUUCCAACCCCUGUGGAACAACAUUCUGCCCACUCCCAAUAGCGACAGCUCGGGGUCUCAGGACCUCGCCAUGCCGUUCCACGGUGGGCAGCCCACGGGUGCACCCCUUGACUGUGGGACGGCUGCUGGGGCCCACUACCGAGCAGGGGCCGGGGGCGGUCCAGUGGCAACCCAGAACAGCUUGAUGCAAACAGUGGAUUACCUAAGCGGGGAUUUCCAGCAGGCCUGCUUUCGAGAACAGAGCCUGGCUAUGCUGAGCAAGGCCCACCGAGCCCCUGGCAACCGAGCCCCUGAUCCCGCAGAUAGUCGAAAUCUUCAUAUUCAGCACCCUGGGUAUAGAUAGGUAGCCCCGGUGCCCUCCACAAGCUACACGUCAUACAUCACCCUCCUAGGUUUAGACUUACUUUUGAGUAAUUGGAUAGUUUCAGAGUUUCGCUGCUCCGAUGUGAUCAUUCUUAGAGGUCUAAGAAAGGGAAUUUGGUGGGAUCUAUUUGAGGACAGCGGGGGAUCCCCUGCUGCCCUCACCCUCCCCUCCACCAUCCCCAGCAGCUUCUGGGUUUAUGUUAGGACCUAAUCCCAACUCCAAGCUUUUGUCUCUACUGCCUAUCAGUCCCUCCACCUUGACCAUUUCCCCCCAGCCACCUCCUGCCUUUUCUUGCAUCUCUGCCCGUUUUCCUUAGGACUGAGAUGUGGGGUAAGGAAGGGCCCUAGGUGAGGUGGCCGUAGGUGCCCAGCCCCUUAAGCUAGGACUUUCCCUGUCUGCCUCUGUCUCUUUGGGACUAAGAACCCAGACUUCCCAAGUGCUCUGGAAGUUAAUUCCUUCUUCACCCAAAGAUCUCAAAACUGACCCAAUCUUCACCUCCUCCCACCCCUCUCCAUUCCUCAGGGCUUUGUUUAAAUCUGGAUUCCAGAGUCACUGCAUUUGCCCUUGCUACAUUCAAGGGCACCCUGUAGGCACUUGGCCAUAGCCUUGAGACCUGGGGGAAAAAAUGCGUCUUUGUGUUGGUAUCUUAGUUCCUGACACCCCUUUCCAGCCCUAGAGAAAGGUAGUAACUGUCCAGCACACCCAAGGUCCCUUUCUCACUGUUGUCUCUCUCCCAACUCACCUGCUGCUCCCAUCCCCCACACCCCUCCAAAAACACAAGCAAAACAAAAUAGGAUCUUGAGAUAUUAGGUAGGUAAAGAAAGGAUGAUCACAUUGGAGUUCGGAAUUAAAAACACCAAAAAAAAAAAAAAAAAAAAGUUAAAAUGCAUUUGGUUCUCUACACUGGCUAAGAAUAUUGCUCUACACUGUAAGUUUUAAAUGUCCUGUUUCUGUAUGAAUGUAGUGUGGGUUUGAGUAGCGUUGUGUGAGCGGCCCCACAGGUACAUUCACCCUCUAGUCACCUCCUUUUGCAGCCCCUCAGUAUAAUGAAGAAAGAAAGAAAAAAAAAAAAAAACACAAAGCCUUAAGCUCUUUGAAUUCUUCCUUUACCAAAUGAGCAUGGUUCUAACAGCUGGAGGUGGACCUACAUUGGAAGCAGCCCCUCCUGCCCGCGCCCAUCUGUCACGUGCCCAUCUUCCACCCCACGCUCAACGUGUUUCAUUCCCAAGUGGCAAUCAGUUGGCUAGAAAUUUAAAACUUUUCUGUAACUUUAAAUUUAGAUCAUGUUUUGUAAUUUUUUGCACCCUUCUGUUAAAGUUGGGCUCUGCCUUUUUUUUUUUUUUUUUUUUUUUUUU